GAUGAACGGUUGCGUUCAACCGGCCGCUGCCAUUGCCGCCGCCUCUCCACUUUUCUGUCUUCUUCGCUGCCGCUGUUCUUGGUCCCUUGCUAUAUGCAGGUGUUUGAUUAGUUGUUUGUGAGGCAAAAAUGGCUUUGGGAUUAAUACUUGGAAUAGGGAGGGCUUAUAGAAGGAAGCGAACAUCUUCACUCAACAUUCUCACUUCGAAGACAGGACCUCGUGAUUACUAUAAGGGCAAGAACUGUAAACCAACUGGUUUUCACACACGCAAAGGUGGUUAUGUUGUGGUGCAAGAGAAGCUGCCAAACUAUGUGGUUCCAGAUUUGACAGAUUUCAAGGGCGGCGGGUACCAGCGGGGAUUCCCAUGUUUGGCAGCUGAAAGCUUAUGUUUCUCAAUGCGCUAUCAAUGCUACAACUGACGCUGGUACUGGUUCGAGUAAGUGAAUUAGAUAUACGGUGAUGUAUCUAUCUUGUUAAGCAUAAAACCACCACUGUGACUGAAAUUAGGUUUUUCCAUAUGUGUUCCGAGAACUAGGACAUAAGUUGUUAUGCAAUCAAUCUCUGUUGAAAAUUCAAGAUUUCAGUUACUGUUCAUGCAAGUCUUGGUAGUACUUUUUUGCUGGUUCCAUUUCCAUGAAA